UUGAAUAUACACUGAAUGAUGAUGGGAUUACGUGUCAGGGACGUCACACUCUUAUGAUUGGCUGUGCGGUGCGCUGAUUUGUUGCACUGUUCGGGGGAUGUGUGCGGCUGUAAAAGGACCAGGACUGGUUUUAUAUUAGCACGUGUUCGAUUUACGGCUAAAAUUGUAAUCGAUUGUCGGUAAAAAUGAAUAAAUAAAUACAUGAAAAUUUCAUAAAGCCAUUAUCAAUAAAACCGAAAGGAGUAAUACUGGAACAGUGCGGGGGAUAAGAAAAAAAAAUAAGGUGCUCUCUUCAAUUUCUUCCCGGUCGAUACAGUCUGCAAGAAAAUCCACCCUUCCAUUGUCUACCUCAUUGACAGUUGUUUCAAGCAAUGUGCCAGCCACCAAAGUCAGACAUUCAGCAAAACCAUGCCGACAGCUUUGGGAAGCAUGUUGUCUCAGAGCCAGGUAUUUCUUUCCAAAGUUAUAUGCAUGGUGGAGUUUCCAGCCUCAUCUGCACCAUCACCACUUUCCCGGUGUAUAAAACUGUGUUUCGCCAGCAGUUGCACAGCACACUGAUCCAUGAGACUGUGUUACAGCUAUAUAACGAAGGACUACUGAAACUUUACCGUGGAGUAGUGCCACCCUUACUAAUGAAGACUCUUCAGGGAACCAUGCUUUUUGGCUUCCAGAACACCCUCCAGAAGCAGCUAUCCCCUUUGGCUGAGUCAUAUAUUCCCAGGGCAAUGCUUCCUGCCCUGGCCGGGCUCGGGACCGGGGUAGUGGAGAGUUUGUUAUUUACCCCCUUCGAGCGCGCACAGAGUAUCCUACAAAACAGUGGCAACGACCGCACCCUUCCCACUCUCAGCAAUAUUAUGGCCCGGAUGAGUUCCGAAACCUUAGCGAAAGGGUGGUACCGAGCUUUUUUACCCACUCUUACUCGUAAUGCCUUAGGAAGUGGGCUUUACUUUGGCUUGAAGGAUCCAUUGUCCAAAGUACUCCAUGAGCAAGAUUGCCCCCCCAUAGCCUCAUCUUUUGUAUCAGGGAUGGUCAGCUCCUUUGUGAUCAGCCUGCCCUUGUAUCCACUGUCAGUGUUGGUGGCCAACAUGCAGGCCCAGGUCGGUGGAGAAAACCUGGGAGUGAGGGCAAGCUGGCAUCAGCUGUGGCAGAAACGACAGCAAAGUUUGGUGUUGUUGUAUCGUGGAGGAUCACUGGUCAUUUUGCGCUCCUGCAUCUCCUGGGGCAUCACCACUGCCAUAUAUGACCUGCUGACGAAACACUCAGGAUGAAGAACCCUAUCAGUACAACUUCUCGAAAAUUAGAUUGGAAAAAUCCAAUUGGAAAAUGACUUUUUUGCUACAGUGAAUCUAUCCAUAAUUUAUCUACUAAUUCCGUCACAGACAGCAUUUUCUAUGAUAUUACAUUUUCUAGAUAUUUGCUAUGCAAAUGAAUGGCAACUAGCAAAAUACUCCAAUGUGUUUAACUAGUAUACAUUCAUAGGACCAUUGAGUACAUUAAAAUCCUUUACGAAAAUAAUUUUAUUGUUUUAUUAAUAAUGUACUUAUUACUUCAAUCUUAAUAUUUGCACUUUUAAAUUGUCCUUGCCAAUCAAUAACCAAAUGUUAUUUAAAAUGAAUUUGAAAAAAAAAAAAUUUAAGUAAACCUUUCUUCUACAUCUGGUUUUACAUGCAUUACAAAAUUUUAAUAGGCAAGCAAUAGUGCUGUUUUCUAAACUCUGUAGAGGUUUUAUCAAUAUUUUAUUUUAUUUAUGUAUAGCAUGCACAUGGGCUUUUGCGAUGGACACUUGUGUUAAAAAAUAUAUGUAAUUUUAUUGUAUUUUAUUUAUUUUUAAAUAUUCUGAAAUUAUCAGGUGAUAAUAUCAGGUAUAAGGUGAAGUGAAGCAUGGCCAAAUUCAACUGUUGGUAUUAAUUCUUUUAUCUCAGGGUUACAAACUAUUAAAAAGACACGUCCGGUGACAAAAAUGUAAAUUUUUGUUAGAAGAACCAGAAUUUCAAAUGCCAAAUAAACAUAAAUGUAAUCAUAUACUAUUUCUGUAAAUAUAAGCAUAUAAAAAUUAUAUAUCUAGGCUUUGCAAAUAGGUAACAAAAGAGUGGAUCAUGAUUUUGUAUUAUGUAUUUAUUUGUGGUAAAGCUUAAUCUUGUCUAUGUGAGAUGACCUGUUUUGCUUUUAAAUCUAAAAUAGGUACAUCAUAAUUAUCCUUGAAGCUCCACAUUGACUACCUGGAUUGUGCUGCACUCUUAUUGUAGCCUUUUAUGAAAUUGUAGAAAUGUAUAAAUUUUUUUAUUGAUUGAUUUAUUAAUUUUUAUUAUUUAUUAUUUUACAUUUUCUUGCAUUGUUGGUGCAUGCACUCAUUUAUACAUCAUAAAUAUUUAUUUUUAUUUAUUACACUAAUACAUUUAGUGUUUUUUUACUUUUAAUAUGGUAUAUAUAAUUUUUUUUUAUCUCUAGUUUUCUGGUGACAUCAGAUGUUUAUGGCUGGUAUUUAUAAGCCUGUUUAAGGCCACAAAAAUAACAUUUUAGGUCACAUGCGUAUAUGGAAUGUCCAAGACUCAUGGGAUGGUUGGGAAUUUAAAGUUGUCCAUAUACCCAUAAUCCAAAAUAACAAAUAACCUGUUAAAAAUAAAUAAAUAAAUAAAAUGUUUAAAUUCUAUAUAUUGUAUUAAAGUUAUGUCAACUUUAAAUUUCUCAGCAGAAAACGUUUAAUUUGUUCCAUGUUCCAUAAUCGGUUGCUUCAUUUGUCAUACUAUAUUUCAUUAUUUUUGUUACUUGUUUAAAUACACAAUAACAGCAAAAUAAUUUGUUCUCUGUUGAAGUGGUUGUUAUGAACAUAAAACCGACAGGCUUUAUGAAAUAAAUAUAUCCAGUCUGGUUAAAUGUGGUGAAAACACUAAUCUCUAGAUUCCUGUUUUAUCCACUGCAGUUCACUCUCUCACCACAAGAGCCCGCUGUUGCGUUUUUAGUCAUGCUUCAGAAAAGAACAGGAAUCAGAGAGCUAUGCAGUGACUGUACCAUCUGACCCCCAAAUAACCAAUGUGCGACAUCUGGUGCAUUACACUGGACAAACGCCGUUUCAUGUUCAGAGCGCAUGUAAU